AUGGUGAAGGCACCCAAAAACUUCUUGAAAGAACUUGACAAACUGCGUAGAAGAUUCUUGUGGGCUGGCGACAAGGAGCUUACUGGAGGGAAAUGCAAGGUUGCAUGGAUCAAAGUAUGCACGCCAACAGUCAACGGUGGCCUAGGCAUCAUCGAACUUGAAAAGUCCAGUCGUGCACUGCGACUUCGGUGGCUCUGGUUUUCAUGGGACGACACAGACAGACUCUGGAAAGGAAUGGAGCUACCGGUUGACAAUAAUGACAUUGCACUCUUCAAUGCUGCUACAAGUGUAGUCUUAGGAAAUGGGAACAAGGCUAGGUUCUGGUCCUCUCGCUGGCUAGAUGGUCAAGCACCUGCAACCUUAUACCCAGCCUUGUUCAAACAUAGCAAGAGGAAGAACAGAACAGUUAGUGGUGCCCUGGCUGACAAUAAGUGGAUCAGAGACGUCGAUUAUAGCAUGACGGAGCAGGUGGUUGAGGAAUUUAUAUCAUUGUGGACUUGCUUACAGGAAAUCACUGUCCAGCCAACACAUGAGGAUAAGAUCACCUGGCUCCACACAGCUGAUGGCCAAUACACGGCAAGAUCGGCAUAUAAAAUACAAUUCCUUGGAAUGGCCUCAUCAAUGACAGCUGAAAUCACAUGGAAAACAAAAGGGCCGCCAAAAUGCCGCUUCUUCACUUGGUUGAUGCUGCAGAACCGCAUUUGGACAGCUGCAAGGCUAAUGCUUAGGCAAUGGCCAAAUGACUACUUCUGUCAACUCUGUGUAAGGAACCUGGAAACGGUCUCACAUCUUUUUUAG